GUUCGGUAAGAUAACCCAUUUCGUUAUUAGUAAGGUUAGAUUGUAUCUUGUUCAAUCGGUGUGAAUUCGAAUCUUGGAAUAUGAAGAAGACGAAAAUUGUGCCAGUUGAUACAUAAGCAAAUUUUUUACGAAGAUUAAUCACUCUUAAAGAAUAAGACGGAAAAUAAUUAAAUUUAUAUCGAUUUUAACCUUGUUUUUAUAUUGUGAUUGAUACGAUACGUAACACGCGUUUAAUAUUAUGGCUAAAAAUCAUAGGCGUUUGAAACGUUUAAAAUCGGAAAAGGCUAAAGUAAAAUUAAAGGCUAAGAAAUCUAUCAAUCAGCUACCAAAGGGCUUAAACGUUACUGAUACGUCGUUUAAAGUAAAGAAAAUUUUAAUACGUGAGCAAUUACAACAUCGAGAUGAAACGGAAAUUCUUAGCACUCGUAAACUUAAUAUUAAAGAUCUCUUGACGCGUCUUCGACAUCACAAUUCAUCGGUAAGGGAAGAAGCUUUGAGACAACUAAAAGACAUCUUGUUACGAUACCCUCCGAAAGUUUUACGCUCGCAGUUGAGUGUUUUAUUACGCGGAAUCGCAGCCUUGUCUAUUGAUAAAGAGAAAGAUGUACGAAGAGAUUCGUUACAUGCGUUGAAGUUAAUUCUUGGCCCUAUUUCGAACGAGCUACUGACACCCUAUCGAGAAAUUUUGAUCUCUUACUUGAGCUGCGCCAUGACGCAUAUUGAUUCGCGUAUAAAAGAGGACUCUUUACUUUUCUUGGAUGUACUCCUGGAAAAUUGUGGCAGUGUACUAGCAAAGGAUAGCUAUAAAAUUUUACCCAAUUUUUUGAGCAUGAUAUGUACGUUACAUGAUGAAAUUAAACCUGGCGGACGAUUAACGACGACCUUAAAUUCUAAAAGUACUAAUAUUAAAUGGAGAAUCAAGGUCUUGAAACGUAUGGCUGAUGUAUUUACCUCUAUAGUAAACUAUGAAAAGCUUUGUACAAGUGCACGCUUGAAUGCCCUUUCGACGAUGGUUAAUGAGGCGAAGAGAUAUACUAAAUAUGUUCCCAUUUAUAGUGGUAGUUCGACUCAAAUUUGCAAAAUUGAUCUUGACAGAGAUUUAUGCUCGGAAAAGAGUUAUGCGGAAGAAACUUUAUCUAUAGAAGAAUUUGUGAAAUAUGUAGAUUUAUUGAUGCCAUUGAUGUUUGAUAUUUGGCUCGAAGUAUAUCCGGAUGAAAGAAUUGAAAAUGACACAGAAACCAUAAUUUCCAGCGAAGCGUCUGCGUUAUUGAUAAGUAUUGUUAAAAUUCUAGAAUCUAUUAUCGAGUAUAUCGAUAUGUUGGAUCGCGAUGACUACGACGUUCAGCGAAUUAAGUAUUGGUUCAAGAAUACGUUUCAUAAUGCGUAUAUGAAGAAUUUUCUAUCGAGAUUCCCAUACGGUAAAAUGAAAGAGUUCGUUAAUGAAUCCAAGAAACGUCAAGAAGAUUUUUCUCGGAUGACAUUUACCGAAGGAUGUUUAGAGCCAAACUUGGCGCUUUCUCGGAUCCAUAUAUGGUUUACAUCACUGAAUAAUCACAAUAAACAACUUCCUAAGCUUACUAAAGACUAUUGUAUAUCCAUUAUGAACUAUUUAAAUGAUGCCAUUGAAAAUUGGUGCGACUCGUCUGUGUUACUGCAAUUGACCAAGCUUCUAAGAACUUUAUUUUUGAAAGCAAGUUCAGUUUGGUAUGCAAACUGUAUUAAUUUAAGCCAUACAUUGCAGUUGAUUGUAGAAGUGUCUUCUCGCCUAUCUAAAAAAGAAUUGCAAUCACAACUAUUUCUGAUUAUUGGUGAUAUUAUGUUGGAAUGCAAUUUAAAUGAGCUACACAGGGAAGAAAUAUUUAAGAAUUUUGUUACAACCUUACCAAGCUUACUCCUGAGACCGAGCAUAGAUGAUGCCACAAUUCGAUUGAUUGGUCGGAUAGCUUUACGUUUUAAGGAAUGGGUCCGGAAGGAAUUAGUAAUGAAACAUGAAGCUAUUAUCGAAAAUGCUAAGAAAAUUGACAUUAUAGAUUCACGCGAUGAUAAAGAAUCUAGACUUAUAAUCUAUAAUUUAUUUUACUUUAUGGAUUCACAAGUUUACUAUUAAAUAAUACUAUUAAAACAACUCGUUCAACUUGUCAAGGUACGAAAUGAAAUAUAUGUUUUUCAAUAAAUCUUAUUAAAUCUAACAAUGUAUUUUAUGAGAAUGAUAUACUAGUAUCAUGCGUAUUUUCUACAUGUGUACUACUUUGUACUUUGUAUAAUAAAGUAAUCACAUGUGUAACAUAAUGUACAAACGGUUUAUAUAUAUCGUAGCGCUAGAAUGAGACUGAUAUAAAUGAAAAGAAGAAAAACAAAGAUGUAUAAAUGUAUCAAAGUUUUUCUUUUCCGAAAACACUAGAUUUUUUUUUCGAGUCCUAUUAAUAGUGCGAUAUAUAUGCAAUACACGUUCUGCAAAAUUUUUAUGUGGAUACUGUUGUAAAGUAUGCGAUGUAUAUUCCAAUAUCGUAUAUAUGUGUACAUUAUUACACUAAUA